AGCACCUGCGCAGUGCAAACAGAAGGGAUGUGAUGUUAUGGGAUGUAAAUGGAGCUCAGGAUAGAAACGCUUUGAUGAAUAGCAUGCUCGGCUAUGUUUUCGUGGCUUUUUUAGCACUGGCAGUUGUGUUCAUCCCGUUUGGGACAGGACCAGACGAGGGGCCCCCUUUGCGGCUCCUGAGCAGGACUGAACUAUCGCUGCACGACGGGGAGGAAGGCAGCAAGGGCCUCCAGCUGGCAAUACUGGGGCAAGUCUUUGAUGUACUCAAAGGACACAAACACUACGGACCUGGUGGUGCUUAUCACUGCAUGGCAGGCAAAGAUGCAUCACUGGCCUUCAUUACUGGGGACUUCACAGAAAGUGGUGUGACAGAUGAUGUGUCCAGUCUGUCCCCACUGCAGGUGAUGGCCCUUUACGACUGGCUGGCCUUCUAUGAGAGGGACUACCAAAGUGUAGGUCUGUUAAUAGGCCGGUUCUAUAGCGAGAAUGGGCAGCCCACGGAGGCCCUGUUGCAGGCACAAGCAUCGCUAGCAGAAGGCCAGCGAAUCAAGACCCAGUCUGAGGCUGAGAGGGUGCACUUCCCAGCAUGCAACUCAGAGUGGAGUGCUGCCAGAGGAGGAAGAGUCUGGUGCUCCACUAGGAGUGGUGGAGUGGAAAGAGGCUGGACGGGUGUCCCACGGAAGCUCUUCUCUCCGGGCUCCAGUGGUGUUCGUUGUGUCUGUGUUGAAGACCCGUCUGCAGCAGAGGAAGACCCCAACCUGCAGAAAUAUGACGGCUGCCCUCCACAUGCUGAGUCAUGCUCCGUCGAGGAGUUCUAGUCUCUGGGCCAACCUGGGAAAUUGAGUUUUUUUUCACUGCCUGCUUUACAGCAGCACAAUACUCAG